AUGGACACCAACAUGGCUUUUGAGAUCGCUAACAUCUCCAUCGCCCAGAAUGAGCUGCCGCAGAUAUGGCCUUCCAGCCAUCCCCAGUUUCAAAGCCACCUGCUGGCGUCCUUGAUGAGAUUUUCAUUUUGGCAGUACGCAGUGACUUUUCUAAUUGCCAUAUUAGUCUAUGAUCAAGUGAUGUAUAUCAAACGAAAAGGCUCUAUAGCUGGACCUCCACUCAAAAUCCCGCUUAUGGGCCCAUUUAUACAAGCCUUGCACCCAAAGUUCGAAGGGUAUCUUGCACAGUGGGCGAGUGGACCACUCAGCUGUGUAUCUGUCUUCCACAAAUUUGUCGUCCUAGCCUCCGACAGAGAUAUAGCCCACAAAGUGUUCAAGUCGCCUGGAUACGCCGAGCCAUGUAUAGUACCGAUCGCAAAAGAUAUCCUAGGUCACAAAGCAUGGGUGUUUCUUCAGGGUAGGGAUCAUGCCGAGUACCGCAGGGGGUUGACUCCCCUGUUCACCAACAGGGCCAUGGCUACAUACCUGCCGGUACAAGAGAAAGUACUGGCCGAUUAUUUUGGCAAAUUUGUCGCCGCCAGCAAGGCGAAUCAGGGACAGCCAAAGGAAUUCAUGACCAUGUUCCGCGAGAUCAACUGUGCACUUUCAUGCCGCACAUUCUUUGGCGAUUAUAUCUCCCAGGCCGCCGUCAAGAAGAUUGCAGACGACUUCUACCUUGCCACAGCUGCCCUCGAGUUAGUCAACGUGCCUUUGUCAAUCUACAUUCCAUUCACCAAGCCCUGGCUCGGGAAGCGGACAGCCGACGCUGUCCACGCCGAGUUUUCAAAAUGCGCAGCUGCGUGCAAAGCAAAUAUGGCCACCGGUGCGACACCAACGUGUAUCGUAGACCAUUGGGUUCUCCACAUGAUGGAAUCAAAGCGAUACCAGGAAAAGGUCGCGGCAGGGGAGACGGGCGCCGAGAGGCCAACUAACAUGAUCCGCGAGUUCACGAAUGAGGAAAUCGGAGAGACAUUGUUUACUUUCCUCUUUGCUUCUCAGGAUGCGUCGAGCAGUGCCACGACUUGGCUAUUCCAAAUCCUCGCCCAGCGGCCCGACGUGCUCGAUAAAUUGCGUCAAGAAAAUCUGGCCGCUCGCGGUGGUGAUAAAAACAAGUCUUUCGAUCUUCCCAUGCUCGAGUCGCUCACCUACACCAAUGCAGUCAUCAAGGAGCUUCUGCGUCACCGUCCACCCGUCAUUAUGGUUCCAUAUCUUGCGACGAAGAACUUCCCUGUCACGCCUAACUAUACCGUCCCGAAGGGUGCCAUGAUCAUCCCAUCCUGUUAUCCGGCUUUACAUGAUCCGAACGUUUACCCUAAUCCCGAUAACUUCGAUCCCGAGCGUUGGAUCUCCGGGGAUGCCGAGUCCAAGACUAAGAAUUGGCUAGUAUUCGGUGCGGGACCACACGAUUGUCUCGCAAGAAAGUAUGUGCCACUAUCUAUGGCUGGUAUGAUUGGGAAAGCGGCGCUGGAACUUGACUGGGAGCAUCAUGCCACGGAGAGAUCAGAGGAAAUUCGAGUUUUUGCUACAUUGUUUCCAAUGGAUGGGUGUCCGUUAGUGUUUACGAAACGUCCAUAA